GAGGGAGGCAGGCAUCAGUGGGAGGGACUUGAAGUCAACACAAAAGUGUGAUGCUGCUGCCAUGGCGUGACACAAGACCAGACAACACAAGAGGCUGAGUGAGGACACCGCGGAGCAGCUUCUGCAUCUCAAACAAGGGCAGGAAAGUGGAUUUAGUGGCACCCACACUGUGUGGAGGAGAUCAUCCAUAUCAAUGAGGACACCUGGCAUGGCACUUUUCAAGCAGCAGGCUGUGGAGGACUUCUAUGACAUCGGGGAGGAAUUGGGAAGCGGCCAAUUUGCGGUGGUCAAGCGUUGCACGGAGAAGAGCACGGGCCUCAUAUUCGCCGCCAAGUUCGUCAAGAAGCGGCAGAGUCGGGCCAGCAGACGCGGCGUGAAGCGCGAGGAGAUCGAGAGGGAAGUGGACAUCCUGCAACAGCUGCAACAUCCUAACGUGGUGGCUCUUCACGACGUCUACGAGAACCGCACCGACGUGGUGCUCAUCCUUGAGCUCGUUUCUGGCGGAGAGCUUUUCGACUUCCUGGCUCGUAAGGAGUCGCUUUGUGAAGAGGAGGCCACUCAGUUUAUCAAACAGAUCCUGGACGGUGUCCAGUACCUCCACUCCAAGAGGAUUGCGCAUUUUGACCUCAAGCCAGAAAAUAUAAUGCUACUGGACAGGAACAUUCCUCUUCCCCGCAUUAAAGUGAUCGAUUUUGGAUUAGCGCACAAGAUGGAAGCCGGAGCGGAGUUUAAAAAUAUUUUUGGAACUCCUGAAUUUGUUGCUCCGGAGAUUGUUAAUUAUGAGCCUCUGGGGUUGGAGGCCGAUAUGUGGAGCAUUGGAGUCAUCACGUAUGUACUUUUGAGCGGCGCGUCACCUUUCCUGGGUGAGACAAAGCAGGAAACGUUAGGGAACAUCUCAGCCAUGAGCUACCAAUUUGACGAGGAGUUCUUCAACAACACGAGUGAGCUGGCCAAGAGCUUCAUCAGACAGCUGCUGGUGAAAGACACAAGGAAACGAAUGAACAUACAAGAGGCGCUCAACCAUCCGUGGAUUAAGUCCUUCGCCGCCCCGGAUGCUGAGCAGAAAGCCGAGGAGUUGAAGACCAAACGUCUCAAGGAAUACACCGUCCAGUCCCAUUCCAGCAUGACCACAAACAACUCGUACGCCAGCUUUGAACGAUUUGCCCGCGUGGUGGAGGACAUCGGUUUGUUGGAGACCGAGGUGACACAGGUGGCGGGGGCCCACCGUACCUUGCAAGAUGACCUGGAGGCUCUGCUCGACAUUUAUAACGACAAAGAGGCCUGGUACAAAGAGGAGAACGAAAGCACCAGGAGGCAACUCUCCCGAGUCCGCUAUGAGUAUCGCAAAGUGGAAGCCACCAGGAGGCUGUUGAGGGAAGAGCUGUCGGGCGUGGGCGCCAACUUGGAAAGCAUCAGCGAGAAGUACCAGGAGAGGGAAAAUCAGAUGGACGCGCUGAGGCAGGAGCUGAACUCGGAGCUGCAGUGGCUGCAGGAGGUGGUUAGCUCUUUGGAUCCACAGGGAGCACAUGAUAGCUGUCUGGACAUAGCGCUGAAGGAGCUGCUGCAUCAGGGGACCCCAAAACCCCUCACAGAGUCAAAUUGAUAAGAGGAGAGAGAGACUUUGGGGUGUGAUGACUUUUAACAUGCUUUUGGAUACUUGACACAUUGGUUGUGGAAGCAAGUUAGACUGAAGUCCCUGUCAAGUGAAAAUAAACUCUUCUAAUGUGACAUAGUCAUUUGGGUUUUCACACCAAAUGAUGAUUGAAACAAAAAUUGGCUUCAGAAUCUUGAAAAAUCUAAUUGCGAACCUCCCACAGGACGUCAACAGGGCUUAAAGGGAGGCGCUAGCUUGUGAGCUAACGGGUCUUUUCCUAGUCAAAAAUAGUUAAGAAUUCACUUUACAGGGUCUUUAAAAAUGUCAAAUCAGGGAAAAAUGAUGCUUUUUCUUUGUCUGCCAUUGUAUUUCUUUAUAUCUGACAUUUGUUUUCCCUCUAAAAAAAUCGGAUGAAGGUAUUGUCAGUUCUUAUAUCUUCCUCCACGUCAGACUGAUUCAAGCAUGGAACCGAAUGGGGCCCAUAAACAGGUCUUUCCAGCAUAAACAUGUCCAAAGUGCAAAGUGGAGAACAUUGGUUUCAUGCUCCAAGUACAUUUGAUUAUUUUCGCUCUGAGAUGUGUUAAGCAAGCACGAUGGCUUGUAGGCAGACUCUGAUAGGUUUGAAUUUUGGCAAGCGGAGGCUGUGAAUGUUGUGUUAUCCAUUAUUUAUGGCUUCGCUGUGUUCUGAAUGCCAGAGUGUAAAGCCAAUCUUUCUAAUGGAAUUACACUUUUAAUUUAUUUUUCAUUCCAUUUUUUGAUUUAGUUUGUAACUUGGCAAGCAAUUAAGUUACCUUUGCCAUGAUGAUGAUUUGUUGGUUUGCUUCCUUUUUCAAAGAUCUCUUCUUAGUAGAAAUAUUACUUAUUUUAUUUAUGUAUUUAUUUAUUUAUUUAUUUUGCACAAUAUUUAUUUCUUGGCUAUAUUUUGGAAAACUCCAAGCAUAUAAAAAUGCAUUUAUCCGAUCUUACAUGCCAUACUUCUGUUCCUUACAGUUACAAUGUGCACUUUUUUGACUUCUGUGAAAACAUUCACAAUUUUUAAAUUCCCCAAUUAAAUAGUUUUAUUAAAUCAGUUUGUGUUCAUUGUAUAUUGUUUGCCCAAAUUGAUAUGAUAUUCCAUUUUAUUUUUACUAAUCACACUUUAUGUGAGUAU